AUGGCUGGCCGCCUUUACGGGAGCAACGCUAUAAAUUAUUAUAUCUUCUCGUUGCUCCCGAAGCCGUGUUCCAUCACGACCGCUGGCGGACACGAAGGUCAUUUCCCAUGUCGCCAGCGGACGUUUCUCGGCAACGGAAUAAAAGAUAUUCCGACCAGUUGGUUCACGCUGAACGUGAACGAGAACGAGGACGGGGCGGUGGUGUUGCAUACUCCACACCACCGCAUUCCCGUGUUUGAGCAAUCAGUGCUCAAAAGAAAUGCACGUCCAUCACCGAUGAUGGACGUUCAUCCCAUCCGAGCGGUAUCAUAA